UGAUUUCCAGUCACUGAGAGCGGCUCUGCUGUCUGUCAGUGUGUCUCAAUCUCUGAUCAUCAUAUUCUACUCAAACGUGUGAAAUAUAUUUGAGGACGGAUCAGUUUCUUUCUCAGCUGUGCAGCAGAUUCAGACACUGACAUGAAUCAGAAUCACAGCAGGAGGAGUUUGUGACGUGAUGACGCGUCUCCAUUGAUGAUGGAUGGCAUGAACAGACGAGAGUGGAUCAGACACGCACACGCACACGUACACCUGGAUGAAGACGACUGUCCUAAUGAAAGAGCUCCUAAAGGUCGCAUCAGUGCAGGAGAUGUUGUGCACGCUCCUCCUCGUCCACUGCGCGUUAAGCCAGGAUGUAAAGGACCCGCCGUCAACAGAGAACUCAAACCCGGGAGACUGCCGAAGAGCGCCUCAGAUGGACGAUUGGAGCUCAUGGGAUCUGCUGACAGGGCGCUCGCAGUCCCAGAGAGGCCGGUGAAAUCAUUACCCAGAGAUCACCUGCGUUUACCGCCUCUACCGGUACAGACCACCACCUGUCCAGACCGGUUUGACCAGUUUGACGAGUCUCCUCCAUCCAGACCAGCACCAACGUCACCACACACCAGAUCACACAACAACAGACCCGCGUGGACAGAAUCCAGUCCCACCGAGCGAGAGAAUGUUAAAAAUCCAUCAUCUGCAAGUCAGGCGUCUCACAGGUUUUCUCUGGAUCUGGACUGUCAGGAUUUGGACAGUUGCUUUGAGGACGAGAAGAGCUCGCUCGAUUCAAACGUGAGGAAACAGCAGCAUCACGAAUGGCCGCCCGCUAAAGGAGAAAACAACAGCAGCUUCACCAACCACAGCAAACCCGCGGAGGGAUUGGCGGAUCAGAACUGGUAUGUUGGUAUGGUUAGUCGUGUGGACGCUGAACACGCUCUUCACCUGGUCAACCGGGAAGGAGCCUUUCUGGUGCGCGACUGCUCGAAGAACACUACCUAUGAGCCCCUGGUCCUCGCUGUGUUUUACGACAAACGAGUGUUUAACAUUCAGAUCCGUUUCAGUGACGAAACCGGCAAAUUCACUCUGGGAACGGGACUGAGAACCAACGAUAGGUUUGAUUCGGUCACUGACAUCAUCAAGUUCCACUCCAUUUUUCCCAUCGUUCUCGUUGACGGGCGGAAAUCUUCCACGGCAGCCAAUCAGAGGAGGCAGUGUGUGCUACUGUACCCAAUCACGAAGCAGGACCUGACAGAGCUGUUGACAUAAGAGCAAAUGCAGACAAACCGCAACAUCUCCGGGACGUUCAACUGACCUUUUAACUUUAUAAGACUUUGUAGUGAUGUUUGACUGGUGCGGACUCAAAAAAAGAAAAGCAAAAGAGCUCAUCUGAUAGAAAGAAGAGAAAUCAAUAGUUUUGUUUAAUAAUGUGGCUGUGUAGUAUGUAAAGGAUUCAGUAUUUUUGCCAUUUUAAAACACGCAUGUAAAGCGCAUGUGAAUAUUUGGCUGAAUGCAGACACACACAACAACUGUUUUCCCAGAAA